CCCAGAUCCAACAUGCAAGCGAAAUAUACGAGAGUGAAGAUCCUCCUCAGCUUAUCUCUCUCCUCUCUUUAACUUUCUCUUCCCCUCUCCCUCUCCCCCUCCCUCUCCCACGAAAGCUAAGCUGCAUUGUUUUCUUAAAUCAACAAUCGCACCGAAGUCAAGGGCUUCCACUCUCAUUCUCUCUCCCCUUUGUCUCUUCUUCCCCAACAAUUCUGUCCCACAAGCUGCUCUUGUGAGCAUCUCCCCAUUCACCGCAGCACACGGCACGCAGCACGCAGCACCAGCACCAUGGCACAAGAUGCGGAUGUGUCCCACAGCAUCACGAUGCACCCUCAUCCCUUCCUCCAUUUAGACCAGCCAGAUCGGCCAGAUAGCUCCAGGUCGAGGAAUCAUACCCCCGUCCACCAGCUCCAGUCCGCUCCUUCCAACCCUCCUCCUGGCGCAAGCACCACCGCUGUGGAAGUCACCUCGGCAGAGAAACACGAUCCAGUCUCAAGAACCGCAGCUGGUAUGACCGACCUGGAGGAACAGAAACCCCCUCGAUAUACCCGCGAGAACGACCCUUACAAGCUGGCCUCCGCCUUCAAAAACGAGGAUGAUCUACGUUUAAUUGCAGCCAACACCUCGCGCAAGCGGGAUGGCUGCGGGCCUAUAAAGUUCAGCAAGGAUGCAUCCAAAGCAAAGAAGAUACAGAAGUUCUACGAGAACCAGAAUGAGAAGAUUGAGCGAAUGCUGAAGCCGGUCGAGGACCAUGUGGAAGACGCCCGACAAGAAGCUGGUGACGACCAUCUCAAGUUCCAGAUUGCCGUCUAUGGCUCUUUCAUCGCAAACAUUGUCUUGGCCGGUCUCCAGCUUUAUGGUGCUGUAUCUUCUGGGUCUCUCUCGCUUUUUACUACAAUGGCCGAGUAAGGAAACCCCAAUCUGUAUUCCUGAUUUGACAUACCAUGCCCGGCAUUUUAUACAUCCAACGACUGACUUGAUAUUAGUUCUAUCUUCGACCCUCUGUCCAAUAUUACUUUAAUUGCCGCAAACCGCGCUGUCAAGCGUGUUGACCCCAACCGAUUCCCUUCUGGAAAAGCCCGCCUCGAGACCGUCGGUAACAUUGUAUUCUGCUUCCUCAUGAUUGCCGUAUCAUUUAUCUUGAUCGCCUUCUCCAUAAAGGAACUCGUAGAUGGGAAUGCUGGUGAGACUAAUGGUUUCCAUUACCCUUCGGUCAUUGCAGUCGGGGUUGCUUUUGCUACCAAAUUCUCUCUUUUCUUGUAUUGCUGGGCUUUGAAAGACAAAUACUCCCAAAUCGAUAUUCUCUGGCAAGACCACAGGAACGAUCUUUUCAUCAACGGUUUCGGUAUCCUCACAUCUGUUGGUGGUUCCAAAAUCAAAUGGUGGAUCGAUCCCAUGGGAGCCAUUAUCCUUUCUUGCCUCAUCUCUGGUAUCUGGUUGCACACCGCAUUUGAGGAAUUUCUCCUUCUCGUGGGUGUCCAGGCUCCGGUUGAAACACAACAGCAUAUCACUUAUGUUUGCCUUACCCACUCCCCUGAGAUUGAAGGCAUUGAUACUGUGCGAGCAUAUUACAGUGGUCCACGUAUGAUUGUCGAGGUCGAUGUGGUCAUGAAUCCGGAGCGCAGCUUAAGAGAGACCCAUGAUAUUGCAGAGGAAUUGCAAAUUAAACUGGAAAGCUUGCCACGUGUGGAGAGAGCUUAUGUUCAUGUGGAUUAUGAGACAACUCAUAAGCCAGAGCACGCUUUGAAGAAGGAACUCUAGGUUUCCGGAAAUUCUUAGUAUUUAUUCUGUUUCGCUUGGUAGGCGAGGCUGUGUCUAGGCAGCACGCAGAAGCACACAGAGUCUCUGCUUUCUUUGUUGAUAGAUAGUAGGGGGUAAAGGCUGGUCAUUAAACUGAGAAGUUCCUACGUAGUACAUAAUUCUUCGAUACCUAACAAAAGUUUGCUUCUCCC